UGCUCUGAGGACAGUUGGUUUGUGCUCAUGAAGAUGGAGAGCUGCCUGCUCAUCUUCUCUCUCUUAUCCCUGCUCAUGUCCACCACAGCCAACAGUGAUGUGAGGCUGGUGAACGGAAACAGUCCCUGUGAGGGAAGAGCGGAGGUUCGUCAUCAAGGACAGUGGGGAACUGUGUGUGAUGAUGGCUGGGAUAUGACGGAUGCCUUAGUGGUGUGUAGACAGAUGUUCUGUGGAGAUGCUGUAGCAGCACCGCAAUACGGUCACUUUGGAGCAGGAACAGGGAGGAUCUGGUUGUCAAAUGUGAACUGUGGAGGUUCAGAAUCUACACUGAAGGACUGCGUACGCAGAGGAUGGGGUCAACAUACUUGUACACAUGCUGAAGAUGCUGGAGUCAUCUGCUCAGGUUUAGCUGUACGCCUGGCAGGGGGACCUCAUCCGUGUUCUGGGAGACUAGAAUUCCACCAUAAAGACUCAUGGUACACAGUGUGUGACCCCGACUUUGACCUCCAGGACGCAAAGGUUGUGUGUCGACAGCUGGGCUGUGGGACACCUGUACAGGUGCAGGGAGCAGCAGUUUUUGGUAAAGGGGACGACCAGGUGUGGAAGAACAAGGUUGAGUGCGGAGGUGAUGAACGUGACUUUGGUCAGUGUUUACGAUCAUCCACAAAGGAGACAAAGUGCACUCAUGACACUGAUGUGGGACUGGAGUGUUUUUGGUACACAAAAGGCAGACUGGUGGACGGCCCAGACUCCUGCUCCGGGACGGUGGAGUUACAGUACCUCACUGAGUGGGGCACAAUGUGUGAUGCAUCCUGGGAUCUGAGAGCAGCCAAUGUCCUCUGUCAGCAGCUGGGCUGUGGGAGCGCUGUGGCAGUGUCAGGACAGGCCUGGUUUGGAGAGGGCAAGGGUUCCGUCUGGGCUGAUGUGUUUGAGUGUCAGGGGAAGGAGACACACCUGUCCCAGUGUGUUGUUUCUUCAUGGAACCGAGCUCCAUGCUCUCAUGAACAUGAUGCAGGAGUCAUCUGUACUGGAUCAUCUCUCUCAACCCUCAAUGGGACGGUCCGACUGUCUGGAGAAAGUGGCUGUGGGGGUCAGUUGGAGGUUCACUACCAGCACACCUGGAGCAGGGUUCUCCUGGACUCCUGGAGCAUCAGGGAGGCUUUUGUGGUCUGCAGACAGCUGGGCUGUGGUUCUGCACUGAGGAUCUACAGCUCCUUCCUGUCUGGGACAGGGGACACUGAUGUGUGUCUCACAGGGUAUCAGUGCUCUGGGACUGAGUCUCACCUGGUCAACUGCAAUGCUCCACAUACAGUAAACUGCAGUUCCAGCCCAUAUGUGUCCAUAGUGUGUUCCAAACACAGGUCCCUGAGGCUGGUGGGUGGAAAUGGAUCUAUAUGGCUGGAUGAGGUUGGCUGUGAGGGGAAUGAGUUGUCCCUGUGGGACUGUCCCUCUGCAAAGUGGGGGAACCAUGACUGCGUUCACAAGGAGGAUGUAGGAGUUGUGUGUUCAGAGUACAAAGAUCUGAGACUGGCUGAACGUUGCUCCGGGCAGGUGGAGGUUUACUACAAUGGCACCUGGGGAAACGUGUGUUUCAAUCAGAUGGACACAAACACUUGUCCAUCUUCUCCCUGGGGACAGAAUAAAUGUGAUGAUGGUGAAGUGGCCCUCAUUACCUGUGAAAGCUACCUGGCCUUGAGACUGCAGGGGGGCAACAGAAUGUGCUCAGGGAGGGUGGAGCUGUGGUCUCAGGGCUCCUGGGGGACCAUCUGUGAUGACUUAUGGGACAUAAAUGAUGCCCAGGUGGUCUGCAGACAGCUGGGCUGUGGGGCAGCACUGAAGGCUCAUGGGAAUGCUGCCUUUGGGAGUGGAAAUGGUCCAAUUUGGCUGAAUGAGGUAAAGUGCUGGGGCAGUGAGCGCCACCUGUGGGACUGUCCUCACUCUCUUCAGGACCACAGGACCUCCUGCUCUCACAAAGAGGAUGCUGGUGUCACCUGUGAAGGUGGGUGA